AUUUGUCUAAUUUUCCUAACAGACAGGUUCAAUAAUAAUAAUCAAAAUCAGCUGUUGUUUAUAAGUUUGCCAACAAUCUCUUUGUUUUAUAUUAUAUUGUUCCAUUUUCUUGAUUAUUAUUGAUGCAUUGUUAAUUAAACAAGAUGCCGAUCCUCUACAGCGUAGUAUCCCGAGGCACAACAGUCCUGGCCAAAUACGCCAGUUGCGCUGGCAAUUUUGCAGAAGUAACCGAACAAAUAAUCUCUAAAAUACCAGAUUACAACGACAAACUCACCUACUCACAUGGGACCUACUUGUUCCACUACAUUUGUGAAAACAGGAUAAUUUACAUGUGCAUUACUGAUAAUGAAUUUGAACGUAGCAGGGCCUUUUUAUUCCUCAACGAAAUCAAACGCAGAUUUCAAUCGCAUUAUGGUCCCAGUGCUGAUACAGCUAUAGCUUAUUCGCUUAAUGCGGAGUUCGCUAGGGUAUUGGCCAACGAAAUGAAACACUAUUCUGAAAGUCACGAUGUAGACUUGGUUUCAAAAGUACACAGCGAAUUAGAUGAGCUCAAAAAUAUUAUGGUCAAAAAUAUCGAUAGUGUUGCCAUGAGGGGCGAGCGGUUGGAACUUUUGGUCAAUAAGGCUGAGAAUUUGAAUAGUGGAUCUGUUUCGUUUAGGCAAACCAGUAGGAAUUUGGCCAGGUCGAUGUUUUGGAAAAAUAUUAAACUCUACGUCAUUAUUGGUUCUGUUGUUAUUGUGAUAAUUUAUUUGUUAGUGUCCAUGGCCUGCGGGGGCUUGGCUUGGCAAGGGUGCAUUGCUAAAUAAUAGGUUUAGGUUGUAUUUUCUUUAAUUUUGACCAAAAAUGUUUAUAUUCCAAGAUAUUUUCUUUUUUAUUACUACUACAUUAUUAUUAUUAUUAUUAAAUAUGAAUAUUGUUUAAGUUUCAGUUUAAUUUAUUUUUUGUUGAGUAUUUUUUUAAUGUGCCACUGUUAAUAGCAAUGAAAAUUGAAAAUAGGCAUUUGGUGCACUCUUGAAGUACUCCACUUUUUGGAGUAAAUAGAGUAGCUCCAGAGUGGCUUAAAUGGUACUCACUCAAAAAAUUUGAGAGAAGUUCUGGCACAAAUAUUAGAAUAUGCGAUGAGAAUAUGUAUUAAUUAUUAACAAUAAUAAAUAACAAAAAUAAUGAUGUAUAAAUAAUAAGCUUGUAUGUACAGGGUGGCCCAUUUUCGAUGUUUUGAUAGGCUAUAUCGAAAAGCAGCAGAGAUAUCAAAAAUCUGGGAGUACAGGGUGGCCCAAAUUCGAGCCUCAUCAUUGGAAUCUCGGUAACCGUAAGAGAUACGGGGUCGGUUAAAUUAUGGCAAAGUUGCGCAAUUUUAUAACCAAUAGAAUGCUGUUUUUGAACUAGAAAGAUUCCGAAUACUUCCGGAGAUAUUCGGAAAAAACCGAAAUUUUGUAAAAUCGUUUUUAUUUUUUCCUGGGCUUAUUUGAACAGCAAUUUUAAAAUAAAUGUCACUUCAUCAUUGUCACUUUUUCAACUUUAGAAGAUGGUGCUACUAAAUUUAAAAUUCGACGUUUCGUCUUCAGGCGACCAUCCUCAACUUCCUUUUUUUAAAUUCGAACCUGAAUUUUUUAUUUGCGAUUUUGUCAUCUUCGGGAAUCCUAAAACCGAUACUAUUAAUAAUGUUUCAAUAACACAGUAAAAAAAGCAGGUCCGUAUUUAAAAAAAAUAAAUUGAUAAUGGGCCACUUUCACGUGCCGGAAUAUGGCAUAUUAUAAUAUUUUUUGACGCAGAUACAUCAAUGCAACCAAGAAUGAACAAUAUUUUGCAAGAUUUUAGUCAGAUUAUUAAAUAAAUUGAUAAAUAAAAACUAAAAAUUUAAACGAAAAAUCACGUGAUUGAAAACUCUGUGAUUGGCUAAAGCCGAUUUUGACAUUUUUGUUGCCACAUGUAGAAAUGCGAAAUUUAAAUGAGUUAAUAAAGAUUACCUAUCCUUUAUUUUUUUAUAAUGUAGUAAAGGACGAAAAUAUUUUCUAGCUAGUGAAAUAUGUAAUGAUUUACUAAUGAGGAAUUUGGCAUCCUUGAUUUUCUGGUGUGUGACGUCACACACCAAGUUCAUUUUUUCACGCCAGUUUAAAAAUUCGAUUUUUAAAUAAUUUUUUUUUCAAAAAUAAGCGGUUUUUUUCGGAAAAAAAGUAUACAGAUAGUAUUAGAAUGACUAAAAGAAUAAUUUAAAAAUGUUUUUGAAAAAUGUGAAAGUGGCCCAUUAUUCCAGAGGAAUGAAACGUUGGAUUUUAAAUUUAAUACCGCCAUCUUGUAGAGAAGAAAAAGUGACAAUGAGAAUGUAAAAUUAGUUUUUCACAAUCUUUUUAAAUAAAAUCAGGAAAAAAUGAAAACUAUACGAAAAAAACAUGAAUUUUUAAUUUUUCUUAAAUUUUUUCCUGAUUCCAUUCAAAAAGAUUUUGAAAAACUAAUUUCACAUUCCCAUUGUCACUUUUUCUUCUCUACAAGAUGGCCGAAUUAAAUUUGAAAACCAACGUUUCGUUCCUCUGGAAUCAUCAUCAAUUUAUUUUUUUUAAAUAUGGACCUGCUUUUUUUACCGUGUUAUUGAAAAGUUAUAAACAGUAUCGGUUUUAGGAUCCCCAAAGAUGACAAAAUCGCAAAUAAAAAAUCUAGGUCCGUAUUUAAAAAACGCAAGUUGAGGAUGGCCGUCUGAAGACGAAACGUCGAAUUUUAAAUUUAGUAGCACCAUCUUCUAAAGGGGAAAAAGUGACAUUUAUUUUGAAAUUUUUUUUAAAUUUUAAUUCCUUUAUUUCAAUUAAUAUAUUUCACAAGGUAUAUUGAAACUUACAUUCUAAAGACCCUGAGCUUUGAAACUAUGUGGGCCAUACAAAAUAUACUAAAAACAGUACAAAGUAGUAGUGGGGCUCUUAAUAAGAAACCACACAGAAUAAGUUAUAAAUAAACAUACUUUCUAAUUACACAUAUUUGCAAAAAAGUUAUCAAAAAUAAGACUUUUCAGAGAGGAUUUAAAGCGGUUUAGACUACUGUUUUUAAUUUGUGGACUAAUCAUAUUAAAGUAUCUUAAACCCUCACAGAGAACACUACGUUGUCCAGUGGUGGUGGUCAUGGCAGAUGUUCUGAAAUCUUCUCUUGUUCUCGUGCCAUAAUGAUGAAUCAUGCUUCCCGGAGUAAGUGUGAUUGAUGUCUGUACAGUCGAUGAAUUGCAGCGAUAAAGAAAUAUACAGGAUUGAUAAAUAUAGAGCGAGUAUAUAUCCAAAAUUUUGUUGGGUUUAUACAGAUCAAUUGUGGGAAAACGGAAAGGCAGAUUGAAUAUGCGCUUGAUAGCCCUAUUCUGCAGGGCACACAAUGGGUGUAAUUUAUUCUUGGAUGCAUUUCCC